GCACAGCACGGCACGGCCGGAGCGGGCGGCGGCAGCAGCAGCAGCAGCGGCAGCAGCAGCAGCAGCAACAUGGGGCUGGAGCUCUACCUCGACCUGCUCUCGCAGCCCUGCCGGGCGCUCUACAUCUUCGCCAAGUGCAACAACAUCCCCUUCGAGUUCAAGCACGUGGAGCUGAUGAAGGGGCAGCACAGGACGGAGGAUUUCCAGAAGGUGAACGUCCUGAUGAAAGUGCCAGCGCUACGCGACGGUUCUUUUACCUUGGCGGAGAGCAUUGCAAUCCUCUACCUGACCCGGAAAUUCAAGACACCUGAUCACUGGUACCCAUCUGACCUGCAAAAACGAGCCAAGGUUGAUGAGUACCUGUCAUGGCAGCAUGUCAACAUCCGUGGGAAGGGGAGCAAGCUGUUCUUAACUAAGGUGCUGCUGCCUCUUGUUACGGGCCAGCCCAUUCCUCCAGAGAAACUGGAAGGAGUUACUGAAGAGCUGAAUGUUGUUCUGAAGCAGUUUGAGGAGAAGUUCUUGCAGGACAAGCCCUUCAUCGCAGGCAGUGAGGUCUCCCUGGCAGACCUUGUAGCACUGGUGGAGCUCAUGCAGCCUGUAGGCGCUGGCUACGACCUCUUUGAGGAGAGGCCAAAAUUAGCAGAGUGGCGCAGUCGGGUGGAAGAAGCAGUGGGGAAGAAGCUCUUCCAGGAAGCGCAUGAGGGGAUUUUGAAAGCCAAGACUUUGACCACUGAUAAAAUUGCACCUGAACUGAUGGAGCAUUUCAAGCAGAACCUCCUGAAGCAGGCUGGCCAGAAUUAGACGGUUACGCUCUAAGUAAAAUAGGUUAUUUUGUG